AUGACUAAUUUUGUUGUGCCCGAUGUUUGUGAAAUAAUAAGCGAUUGUCCAAAUUAUGAAGCAGCAAUACAAGCUUUACAAUCUGUGCACAUUAAACCAUCAAAUGAGGUUUAUGCACAACAACUCUUGGCAACACGUACACAACAGCCAGGAGAAAGUUUAGAUAAAUAUUCACUUGCUUUUAAAGUUUUGGCAAAAGAAUGUAACUUUAAACAAGUGUUUGCAAUUGAAUAUCGCAAUGAAUAUAUUGGAAAUGCAUUUAUAACAAAUAUAAGUUUACAAAUUGUCAGACAGAGAAUAAUAGAAAAUAGUACAAUAAGUCAGGAUGAAAUGUUUUUAAAAAAAAGAACCUUGGAAUCCGUACAGAAAAAUGCUGAAAAUUACCUCCAGUAUAGUACAUCAACAGUAGCUGCUAUAACAAAAAAGCCAAAGCAAUUUAACUCAAAUUCUGUUUCAAAUUGCUGGAACUGUAGGAAUCAAAGACAUGCUAAAGUUGUCUGUCCUGCUAGAGAGUCAAUUUGUUUUAAAUGUGAGAAGGUUCUUCAUUUUGCCAAGUUAUGUAAAUCUUCUAAAUUUGCAACAGGCAGAGCUAAACCUGGUUGA